UUCUUCUGAAAUCUCUCCAAGCUGCCCUGAAGAGAAUGGUUCUCUGGGAGACAUAUAUUUCUAAUUUCAGGUCCUUUUAUUCCCGGGUGCUUGGAAGACCGUAGUGGAGAGGAGGAGAGGUUCAGAGACUGAGGCUUGGGAACAAAAAUCCAUGGACAAGCCUGUACUAUUUUGUAUAUACCCAGGGCUUCCUGAUGCCUUUUUAUGAACUGCUUUGCUUCUGGCAUAGAACGAGGAUAAAAUAACCUGUCCAGCUACCUGACAGAAGAUAAGUUCACUUAGCGUGGAAUAUCAUCUGUGAGUUUAAUAAAAGGGUUCAACUAGAAGUCUUCCAGAAAUCUGAGAAAUAAAAUCUCUCAAUGAAGUCAUACUUCAGCAAGUCCCAAGUACUAUACUAUAUUCUACUUUGUUUUAGAAGAUUGCAGAGAGAAAGUGCAGGCCUCAGAUAGUCCCUGUGUCUGCUGUGUGUCAGUUAAGGAAAAUUUGAAGGUCUUGGUCUCCUAGUAAGAAGGACUUGGAAUUUCAUUUUAUAAUCCAGGUAGUCCCAAACCACUUCCUGAAUUAUAUUACAUAUACAGAGCACUUCUACGCAUUUAGUGACACGUAAAGCCCGAGAGGUAGGAUUUCGGAGGAGUUGAUGGGAAAAAUACUGAUAGUAGAGGACUUCAGCUAGUUGAUUGUAAGCUCCUGAAGGGCAGGGACUCUGCCACAUGUGUGGUUAGACCUCAGCUGACACUGGCUGAAGGAAUGAGUUGGAUUGUGAGAGGCAAGUUGAUCUUUAAGCUUUCAUGUAAAAAUCAUCUAGUGGGAUGCUUUUAAGACUUGUGAGUGAUUGUCUGAGGCUGGCAAGAAUUCCUAACUGGGAGGGGAUCCUGGCUGCAAGUCCUCUUCUACCCCUCACCUCUUGGCCAUAACAAUGCUUGAAAGAAAUCCCCAGUAGAUUCUCAGUAGGAAGGCUGGGGCCCCUUGGCCUAUGCCGUCAGUUUUGUUCAGACAGGAAUGUUUGUGGAUGGCAUGUGUGCCUGAAAUAGAAAUUGCUACUUUGUAUUCCUUGUCAGAGAGCUGAGUAUCCCAGCAGCCUGGAGAAACACAGGUCUUGAGAGAGCCAAGCCAUUGACCAAAGGAAGGCCCAAAAGAGGGUGGCGGUUGGCUUGUGGGGCUGAAUGGCCUUAAAUGGUCAUCACAGCCAGUGAAGCCCAGAAACUUAAAAAUAGGUUUGGGGUUUACAAGAUGCUACAGAGUGCAUGUCUACAUGGGAAUCUUUCCAGCCUAAAAGUACAGUUUUCUUUGCUUCUGGAUCAUGCACUUUCCUAGGUGUAAUUAGUUCGAUUUUCAGGUAGUGGAGAAGACCGAGAAUGAAGUGUUCUCAGAAUAGAGCUAAACACUGGAGAAGGAGUAGUAAACAAGACCGGCCUGGUCCCUGCCCUCACGAUAAUAGAGAAGCUACUAAGUGAAGUGUGAAAAAUGUUAUGGUCUGGGGGCGGGAGAGCCAGUAGAGUGCCGACGUGUUCAUGCUUUUUCUGUGUCCUCUUUCAUCUUGAUAUCAAGUAUGGGCUGCAUUGCACCUCUGUGAUAUCCCAGGCCCUGUGCUGAAUCUUAGGUAGAGAAUGACGAGCAAGAAGCAUGGUCUCUGCCUCCACUGAGGACUUACUCUAAGAACCCUGAAAACACGUACAGCAAACUCUUUGUUACGUGUAGCAGCUGUGGGGGUCUUUUUCUUCUGGAUCCCAACUUUGAUCGCCUUCCCCAGCCCCCCAACCUCUUCUGCCUUUACUUCUGUCUGAGGCUGUCCACGUCACAUCCGCUCUCCCUGCCGGGGUGUUCGUGAGGUCCCUCCUGCGUGCACAACUCUUUCCAUUUAAGAAACCUGAAUCUGGCUGUAAAUUCAAACCAGAUUGGAUUUUGUAAAGAUUGGCGGCAGUAAGCACACAAUGAAUGACCACCUACACGUCGGCAGCCACAGCCAUGGACAGAUCCAGGUUCAGCAGCUGUUUGAGGAUAACAGUAACAAGCGGACAGUGCUCACAACACAACCAAAUGGGCUUACAACGGUGGGCAAAACGGGGUUGCCGGUGGUGCCGGAGCGGCAGCUGGAGAGCAUCCACAGGCGGCAGGGGAGCUCCACCUCUCUGAAGUCUCUGGAAGGCGUGGGGAAGGUGAAAGCCAUCCCCAUGACACCCGAGCAAGCGAUGAAGCAAUACAUGCAAAAACUAAGCAGCUUCGAACACCAUGAGAUUUUCAGCUACCCUGAAAUAUACUUCUUGGGUCCAAACGCAAAGAAGCGCCAGGGCGUGACAGGCGGACCGAACAAUGGUGGCUACGACGAUGACCAGGGAUCCUACGUGCAGGUGCCUCACGAUCACGUGGCUUACAGGUACGAGGUCCUCAAGGUCAUUGGGAAGGGGAGCUUUGGGCAGGUGGUCAAGGCCUAUGACCACAAAGUCCACCAGCACGUGGCCCUGAAGAUGGUGAGGAACGAGAAGCGUUUCCACCGGCAGGCGGCCGAGGAGAUCCGCAUCCUGGAGCACCUGCGGAAGCAGGACAAGGACAACACCAUGAACGUCAUCCACAUGCUGGAGAACUUCACCUUCCGCAACCACAUCUGCAUGACGUUCGAGCUGCUCAGCAUGAACCUCUACGAGCUCAUCAAGAAGAACAAGUUCCAGGGCUUCAGCCUGCCUUUGGUUCGCAAGUUCGCCCACUCCAUCCUGCAGUGCCUGGAUGCUUUGCACAAAAACAGGAUAAUUCACUGUGACUUGAAGCCCGAGAACAUUUUACUGAAGCAGCAGGGUAGAAGCGGGAUUAAAGUGAUUGAUUUUGGCUCCAGUUGUUACGAGCAUCAGCGGGUCUACACGUACAUCCAGUCCCGUUUUUACCGGGCCCCGGAAGUGAUCCUCGGCGCCAGGUACGGCAUGCCCAUCGACAUGUGGAGCCUGGGCUGCAUCCUCGCGGAGCUCCUGACUGGUUACCCCCUGUUGCCUGGGGAGGAUGAAGGGGACCAGCUGGCCUGUAUGAUUGAACUGCUGGGCAUGCCCUCCCAGAAACUGCUGGAUGCGUCCAAGCGAGCCAAAAAUUUUGUGAGCUCCAAGGGUUAUCCCCGUUACUGCACUGUCACGACUCUCUCAGACGGCUCCGUGGUUCUCAACGGAGGCCGUUCCCGGAGAGGGAAACUGAGGGGCCCACCGGAGAGCAGAGAGUGGGGGAAUGCACUGAAGGGGUGUGACGAUCCCCUUUUCCUCGACUUCUUAAAACAGUGUUUAGAAUGGGAUCCUGCGGUUCGCAUGACCCCUGGCCAGGCUUUGCGGCAUCCCUGGCUGAGGAGGCGGCUGCCAAAGCCUCCGACGGGGGAGAAGACGUCAGUGAAAAGGAUCACCGAGAGCACUGGUGCUAUCACAUCCAUUUCCAAGUUACCUCCACCUUCCAGCUCAGCCUCCAAACUGAGGACUAAUUUGGCACAGAUGACAGAUGCCAAUGGGAAUAUUCAGCAGAGGACAGUGUUGCCAAAACUUGUUAGCUGAGCUCAGUGCCCCGAUGCUGGUAAUUCUGAAAGAUAACGACAUUGCUGAGCCUUACUGGGUUGAAAAGGAGUAGCUCAGACCUGUUUUUAUUUGCUCAAUAACUCGACUCAUUUGUAUCUUUUUGGCACUUAUUUUAAUGUAAGGAGGUUGUUUGUUUUGUUUUUAUAAAAUACAUGGGGACAAUGCUUUAAGUUUUUAUACUUUCUGAAACUUUUUGUGUUCUAAAAGUACGAUGAGCCUUACUGUAUUUAGUGUGGCAGAGUAAUAAACAUCAGUGGCAGGCCAUUGAUUACGUCAUGACUGCCGCGCAUCUACAGAUUGGUGUCAAAGACGUUCACUAUGUGUUCAUGGUUCAUAGUAUAUUCUCCCCAAGGUGAUUGCCUCCGAAGGCCCCCCCUUCUCUCUCCACGCUUCAGGUUCAUGCACAGGUGCAGCCUGUCCUGCUUCCGUUUUCCAUAAGUUACCCAGGUGGUAGUGAUGGUGGGAGGAGAAUGGUCAGGAUGAAAAUGAUAUUCUAAGAAAAACUGCACCUUAGAGAUUUUUCCCUAAAAUAGUGCUCAGAGACAAAAUAAAAUCCCCACAGUUGAAAUGCCCAGUUAGCAUUCUGACAUUCUAACGGCCGGCCAAGCAGACCUGGUGGAUGAAUGGAAACGUGUGUUCCUCCAGAUUCUCCAAUGUGAUCAGCGAGCUGUUUUGCAAAGAAGCCUUGUUUAACAAAAUUGGUUUUGCACCUAAAUUUAGAAAUGUAUUACGUGAACUGUUCCUCCCCUCUCUUUGCUCUUCUCCCUGCUGUUCUUCUUUCACCACACAUCUGUUGCUUGCAUUUAAUUCCUUUUUCUUCCUUCAAAUAUAUAUCCCAGACUCCUGAUACAGAAGAGAGACAUUUUAGCUGUGAUUAUGACCAUCUUUUCAUAUUCCACUUUAAAAAAGAACAGCCUAGCUACUUAAGGUGGGGAUUUCCAUAGUUCCAAAGACGGUUUAGCAGAUUAGACUGAGUUCACACUUUUCACGUGCCACAGUAAGGUUCUCUUAGCCUGGGAGAGCAUCAACUCUUUAAAAAGAGAGAGUUGAAAAUCCUCUUCGUGAACAGACGUCAUUGUGCUUGUUCAGCAAGGCCAAUUUUAACAACAGAUUCGAAGGAGGAAAAGUUCAGCCUCAAGUGAAAUGGUUUGAUUUGCUCUAUGCAUCAUUAGAAGAACCACAGACAUUACAUUCCUCUGUUUUAUUUUACUUUCGUUUGGAUUGCACUGAUUGUUUUUGUGGGAAUGACACUUUACCUGGAAAAGUAACUGAGAGUUAGGUAAAAGAAUAUUUUCUCCUCUGAAUAAUAAUUAUUUUCACAGUGAAAAUUUCAGUAUUUUAUCACUAAUGUAUGAGCAGUGGUAUAUAUCAAUUUCAAGGCACGUGGAAAAAAUUUUUUAGUAUGUGCAAUUUAAUAUAGAAAGAUUUCUGCCUGUUUGGACAAUAGGUUUUGGGUAGUAUAAAUUAGGAUAAAUACUCUUUUAUAUGCACAGAUAUUAUUGUAUUGAUUGCCUGUAAAUUGAUUUACGAGUACUUAAAGCAUGGUCCCCAGCGAGGCCAAGAAAGUUUCCGGUUAAGUUCUUUUAAUAUUAAUCCUACAGUUUCUCUUUUAAGAAAAAAAAGGUAGUUUUGAACAAAACACUUCACUUAUCUUGAGGCUUUGUCAGUUGAUGGUGGAGAAAAAUGCUCAGGAACUAUUACAGAUAUUUGCCAAAAAAAUCAGUAAUAAGAUUAGCUUAUUAAUAAGAUAGUGGUGUUGAUAUUUGCUUUACUAUUUAAGGGUGUCACUGAUAAAUUAAUUUAUACUUCUGUUUCUAGAAAUUAUAGCUUCUAUCCCCUAGUCAAAUUCUUUAGCCUGUUGUACACAUUUCUUGUGUAAUCUGUGGAAGUGCAAUAAUGUUAGUAAGUUGCAUUUUAAAUGAUGCUCAUGUGAUGAUACCCCCCAAUCAGUGGCUUAUAGAAUUUAAAGAUUGUGUAUUUAUUAUUAAAAUUCUGGCUUAAAGGCAUAAGAAGCGGCUUUGUAAAACCACAAGCCUCCUAAGAUGGUUAGCGUCUUUAAGUCAUUAAAAUAAACAAAACAUUAAGGCUGUUUUCCCCUUCCAGUGUUCCUCUUCCAUCGUAUCCACUCUUGAGAGAUUUUCACUUUUAGUUUUAAAUAUAUGAACCUGAGCCUGCCAUUAAUAUAAAUAUCCCUAUAAAAUGAUUAUCCGUGUGAAAAUUUAUAAAUGGGCUAAUACUGCUUGUCUUCUCCCUCACCACACAAAACUGGUCCUUAAGAUGCCAACAGUGCAUUUGUGACUAUCUCUACUCACAAAUGUAACCGGAAACUUUUAAGCCAAACUAUAAUGUGCAGCACUAUUGGGGCUCCCCCAACACCGCACCCCCUAAAUACAGGGAAAUUUCCCUUAUUCACAAGAGCCGCCAUGUUCAGUGUUUAGUGAUAGAGCUGCUUUUUAAUUCUAGCUUAGCUAUAAUGUCAAGAAAACCCAACAAAACUGUUGCAUCCUUGUGAUUUUAAAACACAAAUGAAGGGCUCCGAUAGGCUACUAGGAGUUGGCUUGGAAACAGUCCUUGGUCUCACAGGUUACCAUUGUCUAGGGAUGUCUGAGCUGUUUUCAGAUUUAGGAAGAGCACAGUGUGGUCUUGUCUUCGGUUGCGGUCUCAUCUGGCUCCGUUUCUUGCACCCCCAGAGCGUGCAUUACCACUUAAGUAUUGCUACAACAGUGGAACAACAGUGAUGCAAGACAGUGUAGAUUAACAGUAGAGGAGAAAUUGUGCCCUUAGUGAUAACAAUGUGCCUUUUGUUCUGAAUGCCAUGUUGUAGGGCAUGCAUUUUUUGGCCUCUUUAACUCUUUGAAUACUAGAUGGAACCCACCUCUGCAAAGAUACAUCUGUCUUAAACAUCCAGUUACUUACAGGCCUUAAUAGAAACCAUAAGGCGCGCGUCAUCGUCAGGCACCGAGAAAGGUAACCACUGGUUAGUUACACAGGGAAUUCCUAUGUUUAAGGGGUUAAAGAUGGUCUUUGUUGUAUCUUAACAUCAGACUGAUUUUUUAAACGAUAUUUUUUUUUGUUAUGCUAACACUAGACAAAAAUCAACUGUAUUUGUAAAAAUUUACCUCAAACCAUUUAAUUUUAUAGUGUGAUUAAUCCCAGGGCAUUUGGUAUGAACCAAAGUGCAUUCCUUUUAUAUGUGCCUGGCUCUAGUAAGGAUGGCCAGGGAUUUUUACAAUUUGGGUGCAAGGCACUUAAGCCACUUUUAAACUUACUAGGUGGUUUGGAGUCAUGUGGAAGGACUCCAUCAGAAUGUUAGGAAACACUUUAGGCAUCAGUAGCAUUGGGCCAUAUUGGAAUCUUCAAAGUGUGAAUUAUUUUCAAGAGAGCAUUCGUUUUUGUAAUUUUUUUCAUCAAGAAUAUUCUGGUAAGCAGAAGACUUUAAACAAAAAACUGAUUAGGUUGGUAAAGGUUUUAAUAUUGCCCAACAUAAUGCUGUGGUAGCAUUAAAAAAAAAAUAGUAUUUGUGAACUCUGUUUCUUAGGGGCUUGUACAUCUCUCUGCUAUGGACAUAGAUAAAAUGAAUUGUAACUAUACUCAGCUCAACUGCUACAGUUAUGUCUAGACAGUGGCUUGGGUUUCUAUCGAGCAACAACUUAGACACGUGACUGUAAUAUGCUGCAACUGUGUGUACUGAAAAUAUGUGAAAAUGGUUGAAUGUGGACUGUGUAUAUAUGUAUGUAAAAAUUUCUGUGGGAUGCUGCUCUCGCCACUUAACAUGAAAUAUGUUCUAGUGGAUUUUAAUCCUAGUGGCCAGUUCUAUGAUACUGUAUGUAUUGUACAGCUGAUGACAGGAGUAAGACUGUUCAGUGAAUAUUUGUUAAAUUUUAUUGUCGUGGCCAGAGAUAAUUUCAGAAUAAAAUUUUAAUGUCCUACCUUA